AAUAAGCGCCCUCCACUACAGUCUUGGCUGUGACGUAUGUUCCUGUGACGCAGAGAAAUUUUAAACUCCUGUCCUUCUCAGUAAUGGCUGCUUCGUUUCGUUCUCUCCCUACAAGCAGUAACAACAAAUGGUACUACACCCGGCAGCAGAUCGACGACAGCCCAUCUCGGCGAGCUGGACUUGACCCGGACAAAGAGCUGUCGUACAGACAACAGGCGGCCAACCUGCUCCAGGACAUGGGACAGCGGCUCAAUGUGUCCCAACUUACAAUUAACACAGCCAUCGUCUACAUGCAUCGAUUCUACAUGAUCCAGUCGUUCACCAGAUUUCACAGAAAUGUCAUUGCUCCUGCUGCACUCUUUCUUGCUGCAAAGGUGGAGGAGCAGCCCCGUAAACUUGAGCAUGUUAUCAAAGUGGCUCACGCAUGCCUAAAUCCUCAGGAUCCGUCACCAGAUGUACGCAGUGAUGCCUACCUGCAACAAGCCCAAGACCUGGUCAUUCUUGAGAGCAUUAUACUCCAGACCUUGGCUUUUGAAAUUACCAUCGAUCAUCCACACACUCAUGUUGUCAAAUGCACGCAGUUGGUCAGAGUUGAUUUAGCAAGUAAGGAUUUGGCCCAGACCUCAUACUUUAUGGCUACCAACAGUCUCCACUUGACCACAUUCUGCCUGCAGUACAGCCCACCUGUCGUGGCCUGUGUGUGCAUCCACCUGGCCUGCAAAUGGUCCAACUGGGAGAUUCCCGUUUCCACAGAUGGCAAACACUGGUGGGAGUAUGUGGAUCCCUCAGUUACUCUAGAACUGCUGGAUGAACUAACCCACGAGUUCCUGCAAAUUCUGGAGAAAACACCAAGUCGUUUAAAACGGAUUAGAAAUUGGAAGGCUGGAGGUCAAACUCCCAAAGUCAAACCAAAAGUCCAGGAAGAAGGAGACCAGCGGGACACUAUGAUGAGCAUGAUCUCGAUGGCGUCAUCAGAGACGACUGUUGCUGGCCUGAUGAGCCUCUCCGCGCCGCCAUCUGCAUCUUCCUCAUCUGUUGGUGAUAAGGAGAGGACGGCAUCUGACAGUGCUCAGACUUGGAGUGGUAAAGGUCAGGCUGCUCCUGAGCAGCUGCAGCAGACGCAGCCGAACCACGAGGUCCACACCCCAGCCAAGGUGUCACUGAGUGAGUACCGUGCCAAGAAUGCAGAUGUUCUGGCCGCCCAGAAAAGGAAACUGGAGAACAUGGAGGCUAGUGUGAAGAGGGAGUACGCCAACGCUGCGCAGGCCCUCAUUGGUCAGCAACAGAAGAAGGACAAGCAGCAGCAGCCCCACAAUCACCAACAGUCCAGUUCGUCCUCUUCUGACAUGUCCAAUCCUUCACCCAUAAUACUGAAAAUUCCCCUAGAGAAGGAGAGGCAUGACAGAAGUUCACUGAAAAUGCGUUUUCCUGUUGCAGGAGGAGGUGGCAGCGGACACAGCAGUAACUCCCGUGGUCAGGAUCAGGAUAUCAAAGUACGUAUACGGGUACCUGAGAAGCAAAGGGGAACCGGAGAGGAGGUCAAAAUCCGAGAAAAGCACAGAGAUCGGUCGAACCAUCACCACCACCACCAUCCGCAUCACCACCAUUCCUCCUCCGGCACUGCCUCCCUGUCCUCUUCUCAUAAACACUCGUCUAGUUCCAGUGGUGCAGCAGGAAGUAGCAAAAAGGUGCCCAGUGACUCAUCCAGAACGAGCUCUUCAUCUUCGUCUACGUCACGAAAGAGGACGCACUCCCAGGACCCGACGGCGGUUUGUCAUACCGCUGCGAAACUCGGCAAGUCCUCUCGGAACCCCUACCAGCUACCGUCCCUGUCUUCCUCUUCUGGACAAACUCUAGGACACGGUCCUGACAUUCUACCAGCCUUGGGUCUUCCCCUUCACCAAGGGAGCUAUUCUCACUCCAAAAGUGACAAAUCAGAUACUAAUGGACACGGAGCGGCGGGUGGAGCCCAGUCAAAUGAGUACCAGGACACUUUUGACAUGCUGAACUCUUUACUGAGUGCUCAGGGUGUCCAGCCAUCCCAGCCGUCUAUGUUUGACUACAGGUCUCAAUACGGGGACUAUCGGUACAGCGGUGCCUCCAGAGUCACCAACCCCAGACCUCCACCACUGCCUUCGGACCCACCUCCACCACUGCCACCCUUACCCAAAUAAGUUCCUGGUCAGGGGAUGUUGUGUACAUUAUGCUUGACAUCACACAAAAGACAUACUCUUAGCAAAAACCCCUAUCAAUGUUUUUUUUUGUAUUACUAUUUUUUUAGGUUGUGUUGGUGUGCACAUGUUUUUUCAAUAGUGUGGCAAUAAUGAGAGGCUUCAAAAGCCUUAAAAAAAUAAGGAAAAUGUGACCGGAAAGUGUAGAUAUUUUUCUCCUUUUAUUGAUUUUAAACAAAUGCAAUGAUAAGACUUGAUUACUGUAUCGAAGGGAGUCAUCAUCAUCAUGGAAUUACCAGGAAACUAAAAGAUUUCCAUCACAUACUUGUGAGAUCUUAUGCAUUGUUUUUUUUAUGUUUCUAGUAUGUUAUUUAUUAAUUGAAAACUUUUUUUUUUUUUUUUAAAUGCCUCUCCAUACCUUAACAAUGCUUUUCCCUCCAUGUUGUUUUUGGGCAGAGCUGUAAUUAAUUCUUGAGAAGGACUGUACAGGCUUGUUUGAGAGUGUAUGUCUCCAAAGCCAUCUUUUUAAUUCCUUUUUCUUUUUGAAAAAUGUUCUUUAAAAAAAAACCAGCCAUAACCUUUUUACCCCUUUUUUAAUUUUUUUUAACCCAUCACUGGUGUAUGUUUAGAUUUCCUCCAAUAUUUGGUAAAAAAAGUGUAUAAAAAUUGUAAAAAGGUUUUAAAACAAACAUGAAAUAUUUUUUACAUUUUGUUAUAAAAAAUGCUAAGAGAGAUGUACUUUUGUUUUUAAAAUUUGUGCUGCAGUCAUUGUUUUAAAUGGUUGUAAAAUAUUCAUAUUCAGUGCUCAAAUACUUACACUAAAGAAUGCCGUUUUUAAAUGAGAAUAUACGUUUGUGAUUUAUGAAAAGGUUCAGAGAAUUCAAUCAUAUCUACUCAUUUUAGUCACCAUAAAAAACUACCAGCAAAAAAACAAACAAAAACCUGUACAGACUAAAUUGGUGUUUUGACAUCACUACAUUUAAAGACAAAGAAAAUAAUGGAUACAGAAUUUCAUUCUUACACUAGAAGAGUGAGUUCCUGUUACUGGUGUUCACUUUGUGGUGACCACGUCCUCCACAGUGUAUGACCAAGUGUCCACAAUAUUGUUCAUCAAAGAUCCUCAACCUGUCAUUAUGGUCGUCUUUUGUUUUUAUUUUUCCAGUGGUAAACCAGCGUAUGCAGUCUCCAUUCAUGCUGGUUUAAUUCAUUAAUGUCAAGUUGUGUUUGUGCUCCCGUCUGUUUCACACGGCUGUGGUUUUUUUUUUGUUUUUUUUUUUUUUUUAUCACAUGCAACAAUUCAUCAGGUGUUUACACGUUCAGAGUUUGUCAUGUUAUACAUGCCUAUACAACAUACCUCCACUACAUGGCUGUGAUUAUAAGGAAAUUGUGAGGAUAAAGUGCACAACUGUAACUGUUCAGAAUUCUUGUUUAAAAUUUGUGUUAGAGCAAAUUAGUGGAAGAGGUCCUAUUUAUUGGUGAGAAAAUUGGGUGCCGUCUGUAUAUUUGCUCACGUAUUGAGCUUUGUAUGGUUUUGAUUGUUAAGUGUUACUGCUUUCAAACUUUUUAAAAAAAAUUUUAAUUACAAGUACCUGAUCUGUAGGAGAUUAAUGAUGCAGUAAAACAAAUUGGCCAUUAAAAUGUUUUUGUCCCCUCGACACAAAGGAAUUGUGCUGAGCGAGGACAGCUCUUUGCUCAGAGGUUUAUAAGUUCUUGUAACAGGUAAACAGUUAAUGCACUGAACAUUUAUCUGCAUAGCGAUACCCACAAUGCAGAUAACAAAGUGUUAUGAGUAAUGUUGUUUGACUUUGGGGGAAAAAAAAGUUCACCAUAACAUUGCUUUUGUUGGCAUUUUUCAUUAAAUUCCCCCAUUACAUGAUCGUUACAUUAUGCUGUGAGAAUGUUGUACAGAAAGACAAAUUCCAUGAUAAACCCAUCUGUGAAAAAAAAUAACAGAAGACACUCAUGCAACCUAUCAAUGCAAAAUCACAGCGGAAAAAAACUAUUUGUUUCAAUUUUUUUCUUUAUCUCUCGGUGUUUUGGUGACACUCAGGUCUGAAAAUGUUUUUUUCUUUUUUUAAUUCAGCUAAAAGUGUUACACGUCCUCAAAAGUUUUAGGACAGCUGUGGUUUUUAUGAUGCUACUGAAAAAGUCUUGGUGUAAAAUCUUGGUAUACUCUGAAAUAGAAGCAUUGAACAAAUGAGUAAUAAAGAUUUUAAGAAAUAUGUUUUGAAUGAAUUAAGAUUGCUUUGUGUCACUUUGUCUGAGAAACGUGAAGUUGUUUGUACAGGGGAAAAUAAAAAAAUUUUGAAAUUUGAACAGAA